AGUCCUCCGUUUAAUUCAAAAUGCACAAUCCUCACUGAGGCUGUGAUGAACGUAAUUGGAAAAGAGGGAGUUGACAUAAUGGGUAUUGGACCCAGCAGCCUAGACACCUCUAUUUUGCAAUUGACUGAUAUGCGUGAUGAUGACCAGCAAGAUGCUGAAAUCAACAUGACCAUGUGUACUUCAAGUGCUGCGAUGUCAAAAUCAGUUUCCUUUAAUCCGAAAAGAAGAUAUACACCAUCGAUGGCUGAGAAUGGCUAUAGAAGCGCAACUAUUUCUCCUCCAGACAAACCUUCACCAUCAUGUUGCAGUCAUUGCAGUCUACAUGAACUUAAUGCCUUGAAGAAGAGGAAGCUGGAGCUUCAAAUACAAUUGUUUGAGGCCCAGUUGGCGCGAUUUGAUGAGGAAUAGAUUAUUAUGUUAUUUGUUAUUAUUUUGUUAUGAAGAUAUAGUUUAGUUAUAUUAAAGAGUUACAUGAAAUUCAUCUUCAUUGUGUAUUUCUUGU